GUUAAAAAAUAGUAUUCUCUUCACACUCCAUGACGGUAGGUGGCGGUGUGCAGCUCUGACGUUGGUUCGCAACCCGCCAUUAAAGCAAAAGAAGAAGAAGCGGCAGUUGUUGAAGUUACAGCAGGCACAGAGCAAGGAAUGUUCAAAUGUCAGACGACCAGGAAGCGAAAAAAGAUGAACUGCUUGCUCUAACAAGCAUAUAUGAUGAAGAGGAGUUUAACAGGGUGGAAUCAGGAAACGAGGGUGAGAUUCAUCUGUGCCUAGAGCUUCCUCCUCACUUCAAGCUGCUAGUCAAGGGACAGACAUCCACAGAGUAUGACAUAUCAUUUCUACCUCCACUGGUUCUGAGUUUUGAACUCCCUGCAGAUUACCCUUCAGUAUCGUCUCCUAUCUUUACUAUAAGCUGCAAAUGGCUCACAAGAGUCCAGAUCACUGCACUUUGCAGGAGACUGGAUGAGCUUUGGGAGGAGAACCAAGGCAAUGUGGUCCUUUUUACCUGGAUCCAGUUCCUAAAGGAAGAGACUCUUGAAUUCCUGGGAAUCCAGUCUCCGCUUGAAAUCCAAAGCAAUUGCAGUCAGCAUCAAUGUGAAUCUGGUCAGAAAGAAGCAGUAGAAAAAAGUAAACCACAAGAUUUAGACCCGAGAGCUGUUCAAGAAGUUGACCCUCACACAGAUAUACUAACUCAGCUGCUGGAUUUUGAUGAAGCUCAGAAGCAGAAGGUGUUUGAUGGGAAGGUGUUCUGUUGUGGCAUCUGCUACUCUGAGAAGCUGGGAUCCGACUCUUUGCUCUUCAAAGAGUGUCAGCAUGUUUACUGCAAGGCCUGCAUUAAGGAAUACUUUCAGAUCCAAAUAAGAGAUGGCAAAGUUCAGUACCUUAACUGCCCUGAGCCAAAGUGUAUGUCCAUGGCCACUCCGACACAGGUCAAACUUCUUGUGGGCGAAGAUGAAUUUGCCCGCUAUGAUCGUCUUCUGCUGCAGUCAAGUCUGGAUUUAAUGGCGGAUGUUGUGUACUGCCCCCGCAUGAGUUGCUGUAUGGCUGUAAUGGUAGAGCCUGACUCCACCAUGGGCAUCUGUCCCUCUUGCCGAUAUGCCUUCUGUACCCUCUGUAAGAGAAGCUAUCAUGGCCUUUCGAACUGCAUAGCGACUACUGAUGAGCUUCGCAGUUUGCGGGAUGAGUAUAUUAAUGCAAGUGAGGAGGAAAAGAAGUUCCUUGAAAAGCGUUUUGGAAAACGGGUCAUUCAGAAGGCAGUGGAGGAGUCUUUUAGCACUGAGUGGCUGAAGAGUAACACUAAACAGUGCCCUUGCUGUGGCUGUAAUAUAGAGAAGGUACAUGGCUGUAACAAGAUGACCUGUUCCUCCUGUCAGAAGCAUUUCUGCUGGAUCUGUCUGGGAGCUCUCAGCAAAGUGAACCCCUAUAGCCACUUCAACAACCCCAGCUCACCAUGCUAUAACCAAUUGUUUCAGGGAAUGGCACAGGAAGAUGAAGGCGGCUUUGGAAGUGAUGAAGACUGAUGCACCAUAAAUGAAAAGCUUAAGGGACAUAACUUCAUCCAGGAAACUUUGUCCCCCAUGCACUAGGGUACCACAUGAUCUCUCUUCAGAAUGUAUUUGCUUUUUUUAGCUAUAUAUACAUAUAUAUAUAUAUAUAUAUAUAUAUAUAUAUAUAUAUAUUUUCCCCAUUUUUGCUUUUCACUUUCACACAUUCAUAUUCCAAUUAUUGGCAUUUCUGUUGUGCAUGCACACGUCCCUUCAAAUAGUUUUACUGAAAUUUGUGAAAACUUUUCACUGAUACAGCCAUGCUCCAAACCAACCUAGCAAAUGUAUAUGCUAAAGUACAGAAUAUAUAUCUUAAAUAUAUGAAUACGGUUCCUUUGCUAUAAUGUUUUCUUUUAACAAGAUUAUUUAUUUGGAUAUUCUCACCAUUUUUGUUAAUAAUGUACUUUUCAUCAUGGAAUUUUGGGCAAAUGUUUAAUGUUUCAGAAAUGUUGGCUGGACUUCAAAGUAAAUGUGUUGUCACAUUAUCAAGACUUUAAGUUAAAAUUACAUACAUGUAGAGUGAAAAGUUUAUCAGACUAUCUCAGCUCCCUGGUUUAUGCAAUGCAAGUUGAAAAGAAGAGCAUGUUUAGGCACUCUACCAUCCAGAUGAUCACUGAGCUCUGCCCCUCUCUAAUCUUGUCCUCAGCAAGGCAGUAAUAAACAAUGCUCAUAUAGCAUCUGUAUCAUUUAAUAAAAUGCUUAUAUGGUU